UCGCAACAUAGAAAACAAAGUAUACGCCAAGCAUAGUUUUGUGGGAAAGAAAUCCUUGGUUUCCGCCUAUAAAAUCCAGAUAUUUGUUACUAUUUACUUGGGAGGAUGAUCUGAGUUUUGGUUGUGCAAUGAAGGUGUGCCCAGAAUGGAGACCAUGAUCAUAGAAGCUUCUGCUGUGCAGACAAGCGGCUUGCCCGUUGAGUUGCACCAAGAGCCGAUCAUUUAUGAAAAGGACCCCUCUCCUGAACAUGGUUCUUCGCCCAACAGCCAACCAAAUGUGGUCUGUGAGACAAGCUUUAGCCCCAAGGAUGGGGUCCCUAAUCAAAGUGACAGCCUUCAGAACAUGGUCUGUGUUCCAAAAGACGGCCCUGAGAAUGCAGCUGCCAGAAGAGUACAGACUUCUCUAAAUAGUCAAAGCAGCCAAUCGAACCUAAAUGCUGACUUUCAAAAUACACUUUGUAACAUAAAAAGUGAACUUGUGCCUUCCAUCAGUCCAGCUAAUGUGAUCCAUGAAUUCAAACCUCAGGUCAUUCAUGACCAGGGGCAACAUCUACAUGUUCCAUCUGGGUUACACCCCUCAGAGACACUGCAGGCCAUUCACAGCAUUACUUCUCAGUUCGAGGAAUCAGAGAAUGAAGAGGCGCCCUCGUACUGCGACAUGAAGCCUCUGGGUGGAGAGAAUCUACCUACCAUGUUGACUGAAUAUUCUGUUGGAAGAGUGGAUGGUGAGGUCUUUGAUGUUAAACAAGCCAUCUUAGCUGAGUUGACGCCUCAGGCAGAAACCGUGGAUGUAGAUCUGUCUCGUGACAUUCUAAAUGAUCCUGGUGAUUCCAAAGAUUCGGAGGUAGCUCUGGCUCACACAGGACACAUCUACGCGGACUUAAAACCAAUGGUACUCGAGUAUCAUGCUCCAUCAGUUGAAAUUGAACCCGAUUCAGAGAUAAGAAGUCAUUCUCAUAUGAACGUUGGGUUCCAGUUCGACACCAAAGUAGAAGAACAGUUCUCUGGGUCAGACUCGGGAAGUACGUUGACAGGUAGCCCCGAUGUGCCUGUCAGUCGAGGUAGUAUUGACGUGCCUGUCAAUCAAAAUGACGCGGUAGCCCCUCGGAGCACUUCUUCUAAUGAAUCCAUGGUGGCUAUGCCUGCUUGCAACUUAUCAAAACCACAUCAUGUUCAUUUCGCCACAAAUCAGGUCCAAGAAAAUCAUGAUUCAGGAACAAAUGCAAGUGAAUCUGGUGGACUUGUUCAGCAGUUUCGUGACAUAACAGGCCAUAAUCAGCAGCCAGAGACUAUCAUGCUCGGCCCGGCAGAAAUGUUGGCAACUAUUCUUGACCUGAAUAGUCAUGAGGUGGAGGAGAGAGUGAUCAAGCACAACAAGUCACUUAAACUGAAGAAGUUCAAGAAGAAAUCGGUUGAGAUGAAUUUAGCAUGCGAGUGGGAGGAAUGUGAGGAGGUUAGCAAUGAUCUGAACCAGUUCAUCAACCACAUCACAGCCCAUAUCGGCAGCAAUCUAGAGGACUAUGCUGAAGAACCAGAUCUGAUGGCCUGUAAUUGGCGUCACUGCGGCUAUGAAACCCAGCGUGGAAUCAGGGACAUCCUGCGCCAUGUCUAUUUCCAUGCAUUCCACGUCAAGUUGAAAUGUCUCGGCAUUCAGAUGAUCAUAGACAACAAUCUCCACGCAUGCAGAACAGACGGCUCGAGUCGCAAUCUCAUCCCAGAGCUUCCAGAGAGUCUCAUCUGUGGUUGGGUGCAUUGUGGGCAUGUCUGUGAGAAUGCGGAGUAUUUCUACCGUCAUGUUGACAUGCAUGCAGACAGCGCUCCUUUAGAUAACUUCAAAUGUUUCUGGGAAGGUUGUACUGUGAAGGUCAGGAACAGAACUCGUCUGCGAGACCACUUACGGAGCCACACCCAGGAGAAGGUCAUCGCCUGUCCAACAUGUGGUGGCUUGUUUUCAAACCGCUGCAAGUUCUCAGAUCAUCUGCGUCGCCAAGGCCCCAUGGACACUCUGUGUUUCCAGUGCUCCCACUGUAACAAGAAGUACACGACUGAGAGACUCUUACGGGAUCACAUGAGAGUCCAUGGUAAGUACACAACUGAGAGACUCUUACGGGAUCACAUGAGAGUCCAUGUGAACCAUUACAAGUGUCCGUUCUGUGAUAUGACAUGUCCGAACCCGUCCACACUAAACGCUCAUAUCAAGUAUCGCCAUUCUGACGAGAAGCCGUAUGAGUGUGAACGCUGUCAACACAAGACCAAGUCUGCUGGUGAUUUGAGACGACACAUGGAGGUCCAUAAUGAGAAGAAGAUGUUCAAAUGUGAGUUUCCUGGCUGUGACUACUCGCAUAAGACAUUCCACGGGGUUAGCUACCACUACAGACUCCUUCAUCAGACCCCAAAGAAAUACCUGUGUCACAUGUGCCCAGCCACGUUUGAAAGAGGAAGUAACCUGACCAAACAUCUGAAAAGAACCCACAGGUUUAGGUGGCCCUCAGGACAUAGUCGCUUCAGGUAUCGGCAGCAGGAGGACGGCACGAUGGGGUUACAGAUGGUACGUUAUGAAAGUGUGGAGUUGGCCACUCACAUCCUAGACAAGGAUGGUGAACACGUGCAUGCCGCACCGAGAGAGGGCCACUCGGCGGGAUUCAACUCGGUGCCAGCCUAUCAGAGUGAUGCCACAGAAACGCCCAUUGUGAAUGACUCGGACAAGCCGUCGAAUGCUGAUGCUGAUAAAUCAGCUGAUACACCAGCUGAUGUUUUCCUGACGGAGGCCGAUCUUUCGUAUAACUUGGAGAUGCUCGGUGAUGUGGCUUUACAUGAACCAGAGUUUUCGUGUAGCGCUGAAAACAGUCCAGUGAAGGCAAAAAGAAAGGCAAAACGUGUUGGCAACGGCCCUGCUAAGUCUGCUCGAAUGUCUGAUCUGCCUAGUCCUAUACACGGGUCGGCAUUCCAACCUAAUGUUGCAGUACAUCAUGAAGCAGCCAGCAAAAUCAUCACACUCUCGUCCAACCUUUCCACCUCUCCAGAAAAAAGUUAUGAACUAACGUCCGCUCAAAAUGACAAUAACAAGACACCUGAAAAGGAGCCAGCUUCAGGUGAACUCCACCCUGAGAGUGAUUCACAGCGUCAUACUAACUCGAGACCAUGGAAGGUAACAUUCAAUAACUCACCUCGUAAACGAGGACGAUCGGCUGGUCGUUCACAAGCAGCAAAUAAACAAUCAGUUGAGGGGACGCCUGCAUGUCAAGCCAAACAGAAGAGUGCGCGCUCACCAAGACUGAAACGCGCCAAGAGACUCAGUUAGGUGUUAUGAACUGCAAGGUCAGCAGUAAAUGGUCCUGACGUAUGUUCCCUCUAGACUAUCAACUGCCUCAUUCGUCAACAUAACUCAUGAUCUCUAUGAAGGUGCUCAUCACAAACUUGUAAAACUGGCCUAAAUGAAGGCGUCACUUUGUCACAAUGUGGUAAUGAUUUAGAAUGUUUUAUAAGAGUCUGAUAUAAGAGAGCAGCUUCUUCCAAUGCAUGCCUGGCCCUGCUCUCUUCACACUGCACUCACUGAGUCUGUGGUGAGUCUGAUAUACGAGAGCAGCUUCUUCCAAUGCAUGCCUGGCCCUGCUCUCUUCACACUGCACUCACUGAGUCUGUGGUGAGUCUGAUAUACGAGAGCAGCUUCUUCCAAUGCAUGCCUGGCCCUGCUCUCUUCACACUGCACUCAUUGAGUCUGUUGUUGCAUUUUAUAUUGUGUAUUCUGGUCUGUUUUGCUGAGCUCGAUGAACCUCUAUUAAUCUGCCUUUGUACCAUUUGAUGCCUUGCUGACAGAAUAAAACUGCCAUUUUUCUCAUUCUGUGUUUAUUGCAUAAUACCCUUACGAAUAUGAUCAGGGAUUCACCAUGGUGAUGAUGAUGAUGAGUUGAUGUAGAUGGUGAUGAUAAGAUGAUGAAUGA